AUGUCUUCUAUUGAUUUACCUCUAGCAGUGCUGCUUAUCAAGUUGAAUAUAACCAAUAAAGAUGAUUCCAUUGACGACACCAUCCGGGAAUUGCUAAUGAAGUUAGACCCUCCGUACGGAUCGUUGAAACCCAAACAGCCCGAUUUACUGCAAAUUAUAUCUUACUUCAAAAUCAAUACAUCACCUCCAAAUCGGGUCACGGAGUUUAAUGAUUUGACUAAAUUGUUGAAACUCUACCAGUGUUUGCUUGCUGCUGAGAAUAGUUCUAUUUAUUUAACUUACUUGAUAAAAAUUAACCAAAUUUUGAUCAAUUCAAUCCAAGAUUCUGAUCUUUGGGAUAACCAUUCAUUUAGAUUGAAAAAUAUCAAUACCAGAAUAAUUAAAUGUUUAUUCAGCAUAUUCAUUCACGAAUUGAAUAUUGAUAUCAUCAAUUUCAAGUUGAAUUUGGUAUUGGAGUUCCAUAAAAAAUCGCUAGCUCACUUCAUGAACUCGAAGCUCAUUAUUGACCACGAUUGGAUUAUCAACAUUGGUAAAAUCUUGUUCCAGCUAGUCAAUGUCAAUAAAGCACCUGUUGACCUGUUGCCCAAGCUUCCUCAAAAUGAAUUCGUUUUGAAAUAUUGGAAUAUCUUAACCGCCCCACCAUUUUCAGGAUGGGGAGUCCCAAAGAUUUCAUUGGAUGAUUCUUUGAAGAAUAUUCCAAAUGAAUCCAAUUCUAAAUUAUUGAAAUCUUUCAUCUUAUUAUUCAACGAUUACAUCGUUUUUACAAAAAAAAAUAACCGUGAAUCUAGUUUAAUAACUUCUUUAUUAAUUAUGAUUAUGUUAUGCUAUAAAGAUGAUUCGCUUAUUCGAUUUUAUCAUAGAGUUUCUACUUUAAGUACUUGA